GAGGCGGAGCGCGCCCGCCCAGCCGGGUGCAGCGGCCCCAGCCGGCCCGGGGAGCCCGGGGGCCUCCGGGGCUGAGUCUGAUCCUCAGCUCCCUGCUGCUGAGCAGCCGCCCGGGGCACCGGGACGCCAUUGGUCCCCACGUCCGUUCCCCCGCCUGGUCCUCGAGCUUGGACACCACGGCCGAGGACUUCCCGCUGCGCCGUGGCUUCGCCAGGGGCCGGACGGGCGCAACGGGUGUCACGGCUGUUGAUGCCUCGGUUGCCUCUUUGCCUGAAGACUCUGCCCUUACCUGGAAGUCUGUACCAAAGGGUGGGGGUCAUGGGUUCUGGAACCAAUCCCCCACAGAUGCUGAGGAACAACUGCACGAGGGACUGUUCUGGAAGGAUGACAUCACUCAAAAUGUGAGGCUCCAGAAGACGGAGCACAGGCCCAGGUUCCAGUCCCCACAGGCCUGCCCGAGCGAUGGGCAGGCAGCCUUUCCCACCAAAACCACCAGGCAGGAGGAGAAACUUCAGCUCUUGUUCCCCAAGAGCCCAGACACCAAGGUGAACAGGGAGCAAUGCUUUCACUCUGCAGUGGUCUCGGAGAUCCUGGACCAAGAAGUGACUGCCCACAUCAAGGCCCCGCUGCAGUGGAAUGGGGAUGGUAAUAAUGCCAACCCUCCGGGCUACUGUGAGGAUUAA